AAUCAGCGGCGUCAGCGGCGGCGCGGCUCCACGUCGGCACCAGCUGCGGGGCAAGAUGGAGUCGCUGAUGCUGGAACCCUCCCUGUAUACGGUCAAGGCCAUCCUGAUUCUGGAUAACGAUGGGGAACGCCUCUUCGCCAAGUACUACGACGACACGUACCCCAGCGUCAAGGAGCAGAAAGCCUUCGAGAAAAACAUUUUCAACAAGACCCACCGGACAGACAGCGAGAUUGCGCUGCUGGAAGGCCUGACGGUGGUAUACAAGAGCAGCAUCGACCUGUACUUUUACGUCAUUGGCAGCUCCUUCGAGAAUGAGCUGAUGCUCAUGGCCGUCCUAAACUGCCUCUUCGACUCGCUGAGCCAGAUGCUGAGGAAGAACGUGGAGAAGCGGGCGCUGCUGGAGAACAUGGAAGGGCUCUUCCUGGCUGUGGAUGAAAUCGUGGAUGGGGGAGUCGUCCUGGAGAGUGAUCCGCAGCAGGUGGUGCACAGAGUGGCUCUACGGGGUGAAGACGUCCCCCUGACAGAGCAGACUGUGUCUCAGGUGCUGCAGUCAGCGAAGGAGCAGAUCAAGUGGUCCCUGCUGCGGUGAAGUUCCAGCCAGAUGCCCGCACCUCCCUCCCUCGUCCGCCGGCCUGGGGGACCCCAGCCGAGCCCGGGGAUCGGGAGGGGGGGCCCCUCAUCCGCUCCCCCCACCCGGUCAGUUGCCCUUAGGUUCACUGUGUGCCGCCCUCGCCCCCCAUUCUCCGCGCCUCCCCCAGAGGAGAGAGGAGGGCCCUUGCCUGGCCCCAGCCGGGGGAAGGAGCUACAUCCUGCACUCUGCAGCCCUGCCUUAACCCUCGCCUCCCCUGGGGGCUCAGGCUGAGGGAGCCAGUGGGGUCUGGGUUGGCAGGGUUGGGGAAUUGUGAGGCGGCAGGCUCCCCUCCACCCUGCCUCCAAUGCCGGGCUGGGGGAGGGGGCGGCGGUGCAGUCCAGCAAGAGGAGAAUAAAACUCCCUUUCCACUCUAA